UGCAAAAGUGAGUACGAGUCUUCCAACGUGUAGACUUUGAGGAAGAAGAGUUCUUUGAGGCUCUUUGAGAAAGAGAAGAGGACUUUCAGUGACUCCUUGCAAGGAUAUCGUCGCUGAGCGAUUUCUGUCGUCUUUGUGGGGACCGAGUUGGAAGAUUUUCGAUUGAUAGAGGAUAAUGGCAGCAGAAUUCGCCACGUGAGCUGAGCAUCACCAAGGACGUUCGCUGCGCGACGAUGACUGAUGGUCGAGAGUAACGUCGACUUGGCGGCGUCUCGUUAGCUGUCCGACGCGGCGCGUUACAGUUCUCGAACAUCGAGGACGAAGGGGAAAUGUGAUGAAAGGAUGUGACGGGAAACAAUGCUCGAUGAGAAGAAACGGCGAUGACGAUCUGAAGAGAUACCCGUCUGUCUGUGAAGAUCGCUGGGAGGAGCAGAGGUGGGAAAUAUGCCUCGACCGUCGAGGGACACUUACGGCGAUCAGAAGCCGCCCUAUUCCUACAUUUCCCUAACCGCGAUGGCCAUCUGGUCGUCCAGGGACAAGAUGCUGCCUCUGGCCGAGAUCUACAAGUUCAUCGCGGAUCGGUUCCCCUACUAUCGCAAGGACACGCGUAGAUGGCAGAACUCGCUCAGGCACAAUUUGUCUUUCAACGACUGCUUUAUUAAGGUACCACGCGGACCGCACCGUCCCGGGAAAGGUGCCUACUGGGCGUUGCAUCCAGCGGCCCUCUCGAUGUUCGAGAACGGUUCCCUCCUGCGUCGUCGAAAGCGUUUCAAGCUCCACAAGCCCGACAAAGAACUGCUAAAAUCCGAACUCCAAGCGCUGGCGUCGGCGAUGCCGCCACCCCACUCGGAAUCCUCCCCUGUUUUGUCGAUAAACCCGAGCGUCCAGACGAGCAGCCUGACCGUAGCGAAUCUCCAUCGUCUUCGCGAUGACCUGCUCCGCUGGGAGCUCCAGGAGCGCCGUUUGACCAUGACUUCCGGCGGCAACGCGUCACCAGGGUUCCCCGGGCCGGAAGCCGGCUCCAGCUACUACCUCCUAUCGCCGGAGGUCAGACAGAGACUGGCUGGAACCGACGACAUCCUCCGCGGCUAUGAGAGCAACCUUCUUCAAGCGGGCAACUGGAGUUUCCCGGGAUUCCAGGUCUCGCCGUACGUUUCCCAGCUGUCCUACUUCCAGACGGAGAUACCCGAGGGCAGGCAGAUUUGUCCGGGAGCGACGGAGACCGGCAUCGCGGACAAGACCGAGUCCGGACCGUUUCUAAGCGUCGGCAGAGGCUCCAGCGUUGAGGUAGUGGACGGAAAGAUCGGCUCCUCCGUCGGCCUGGAGGCUGGGAUCUCCAGUCAGACGAACGUCCAACCGGAACAGAAGAAGAAGAAGAAACCCUUCACCAUCGAGAACAUCAUCGCUCCCGACGACGAGCAGAUGACCAGGAACCUGGAGGAUGGCAAAAGAAGCCAUCUUCUUGCGCCCCGACCGCUCUACGCCGGUGGCUUCUCCUUCGGUCUCUCCGCGACCAAGGUACCUUACGAGACCGCGACUUGA